AUGCAGCAGUUACGUGCAGAUCGCCACACCAAACUUUCUAAUACUCCGAUCUAUGAAUUAGACCCAAAUACUUUUAAAAUUUGCUUCCUUAAUUCAAGAUCUCUGCAUAAACAUAUUGGAGACAUACGUAGUAACCUAAACUAUUCAAAUAUGGAUAUCAAUAUAUUCUCAGAAACAAGACUGUACCAUUUAGAUAGCAAUGCCAGCUAUGCCAUGAGUGGGUAUACUAUAUUUCGAAAUGACAGUGAAUCUGCAAUACUCACUGCAAGGCCCUUUGGUGGAACAGCUGUAUACAUUAAAAUCCCCUUUAAGCCUGGAUAUCCACUGGCCAAAAACACCAAUGGAGUAGAAAUAACCAUUAUCAAAGUUGUUGCCAUUCCCCAUGUGAAUAUCAUAGGUGUGUACGGGUCACCGAAAGUGUCAGUCCGACAAAUGUGUCUAGCAUUGACCCAAAUUCUCAAUAGUUGCUGUUCUGAUUUUAAUGUUUUUCUUGGGGAUUUUAAUGUUAAUUACUUAAUUCAAAAAGAGAAAGUUCCCCUCAAUAACUUGUUUAUAAGAGAGAACAAUUACAGACAAUUGGUAUCAUCCUAUACUACUGAUAAUAGAACAACUAUUGACCAUAUAUAUACCAAUUUGCCUGAAUCACAAGUGACUGUACACAUUCUGGAAACAUAUUUCACUGAUCAUCAGGCAAUAUGUGCAUUGAUUAAAACUUGA